UUGGCACCGUCGGUCGUGCCUCUCUUCUUUUCAUCAAUGUCCUGAAAAUUCCUAGACAAAAUUCGGCGCCACGACCGAUCAAAAUCCUAGAAAAAAUUCGACUGGACUAUCGAAAUCCUUCGGAAACACGGCGGCUGAGGAACAAGUACGGACGUCCAGAGGAGCUUCACAUCCAUCAGUAAGCACAAAAUGGCCCACAUAAAGAGACGUCCUCAUGCGCGAAGCCAUCACAAGAUGAAGUUACGUCGUAAACCAAAUAUCUCGGAGCUGGUGUACAAAUUCCUGCGCCUUGGCGGGAGCAAAGAGGAAGCUUGUGAAGCGUUGCGAAAUUACAGUACGAGGUGUCGGUACUGCAAGCGGCCGAAACGCCGUGAAGAAGUUUUGAAUUGCCUAGAUUCUCGACCUGGCGGUAACAUGGCCAACAAACGGAAAGGUUCGGCAAGGAAUUCCAACAUUCACCGGGUGAAACGACGCCAAACCUCCAAGGACCACACCCUCUCGUCAUGCAUGUAUAGGGGCAAUGGAGGAGAAGGAAUAAGAAAAAUGAAAAGAUACAUCCAGAAGGCAAUCGAUUUCGGCGUAGAAUCCGGUUAUCUCAUUCCGAAAGACGCGGCGUACAAAGUUCUCCGUGUAUCCUCGGAUCUCAUGAACGAAGGCAAUUACGAAAGUAAGGAUAGAAAGUCGGACAGCACUGUUUCACAAGUUGAGGACAGAAGGCCUCGUCGAACGCCGAUUAGAUUCGAAGACUACGAGGUGCAGGACGCCAGGGGGCGACGACGUAGAAGCAGGAGGAGAAGAAGUUCAAGGCGAAGGAGAUCCAGGAGUGGAUCCAGAAGAAGGCGAAGGAGGUCGCGAAGGAGAUCACGAAGAAGACACGGCAGGAGACGUGACGAAUCUGGAGCCGAGGAAGAAGUGGUAGAGAUCGAGAACGACGAUGAUUACAACUUCGAGAAACAGGGAGAGAAAAGGAAGAGUCCGGAUAACGCGAACGUAAGCGAGAAAAACGAACGUCUAAAUCAGUCCGAUGGUGAAAAAAAAGCAGAGAAGGCAGAGGACGAUGGUUCGGAUCUGUCCAUCGACGAGGACGAAAGUGACGACGAGGAAGGAAAAAAGAGAGAAGAUACGACAAAAUCGUAAACGUGGAUACAUCGACAAAUUGAUCGUGUUGUGUCAAACUCAUGCCUUGAGAUUAUGACGUCAAAUGAAACUGUUUAUUCAUAUAAAAGAGAUGAAAUGUCCCGUGGUAAUAUUUUCUUAUUGGAAUUCUUCUUGCAAUUGACAAUUAUGUAGAAUACUUAUUUAUGGUCGUGGUGAUU